AUGAUAUUGUGUGCGCCAUCCUCCCUGAACCUGGAAACGAAAGAGAUGGACAUCGCUUACUUCAGCUUUUCGGUCGACACCAUGAACAACUACAUUCACAAAGCGUAUUUGCACUUCUACGUCCAGCCAACGUUGAAAAAGCUUGGGAAGUCUGGAGUGAAACCGAUGCUGCAGAGGAUCCAUCUCUACCGCAUCGACAACAGACAUGGAAAAGAAACGCUGCUCGACAAAAAGGAAUACAAGGCCGCGAUGCACACCGAGGGAUACUGGGACAAGUUCAACGUCACUCGCUUGGUCCAGGACUGGUUCCUGAAGCCGGAGCGCAACUUCGGUGUAGUCGUCAGAGUGAUGGAGAAGGAAAUCAGUACAGUUGUGCAUCCUAACAUCGGAAAGAACCACGAUAAGCAUUCAAUGUACUUAAACAUCGCAGUGGAAGACAAACGAAACAACCGACGCAAAAGAGAAGCGGCCCCGAAAACGGACUGUCAAGAAGGCGAGAGUUACUUCAAGUGUUGCAGACACAUGCAGAGGUACCUGCACACGCACCUGUUGCAGCAGGCGCGUCCGUACGGUAACGCUGGACCGUGCUGCUACCCGACGAACAUGAGUCCGAUUCUGAUGGUGUAUUUCAACGACAAUAAGGAGGUGCUGGUUUCCAAAAUACCGGGCAUGGUUGUGAGUCGUUGCGGUUGUGCCUAA